AUGUACAUAUCGCCGCUGGAGCAAGAGCUCUGCCGUAACCUCCGCGAACUGCCUCGACGGCACAACUACCGAUUCACACCAGAAGCCGACCGAGACCUGCGCGCUAUCCUCUUUCGCUCCCUCGCCGGACACAACGCCCACCUCCCACUCUUCUUCCCCUCUGGGCUGCCUACCGACCGAGAGCAGCCAUGGAGCCUGCGAGACGCGCAGGGAGCCGUAGAAGGCGCCGAGUAUACGGCUGCAGCAAAGGGAAAGCCGUGCGGCCACAUCUUCAAGAACGGCGAAGCUACCUACCGGUGCAAGACAUGCACAGACGAUGACACCUGCGUUCUCUGCGCGCGCUGUUUCGAUGCCUCAGACCACGACGGCCACCACGUCAUGGUUAGUGUCUCACCCGGCAACUCCGGCUGCUGCGACUGUGGCGACGACGAGGCUUGGAAACGGCCUGUUCAUUGCAACAUACACUCCGUGGAUGCAGAGUCUAGCAACAAGGCAGCUGGGAAAGCAAAGGAAGGCCCAUCGCUGCCUGAUGAAUUGCUCGAGAGUAUGCGCACGACGAUUGCAAGGGCUCUCGACUAUCUUAUCGAUGUCUUCUCUUGCUCUCCAGAACAGCUGCGUUUGCCCAAGACCGAGGAAUCCAUCUUGCAGGACGAGCGCAAUUCACGCCUCACCUCAAAAUGGUACGACCCGGGUGAUCAGCCGGAAGAAGCUCAGGAAUACUGUCUGGUCUUGUGGAACGACGAGAAACAUACGGUGAAUGAUGUUCAGGAGCAGGUCGCUCGCGCUUGCAAGCAGAAACAGGCAUUUGGCCUCGCAAAGGCCCAUGAAGUCAACGACGUUGGACGCAGUGCUGUCGUAUACAGAUCAGAUCUCAAGGAGCUUCUUCGCAUGGCCAAGAUCAUUGAGGAGAUCAAACUGACCGUGACUAUUCGAUCCGCACGAGAUACUUUCCGAGAAAUGAUGGGCGGUGCUAUCGUGGACUGGAUCUCAGACAUUGCUGGGUGCAGCGCAGGCGAUGACCAUCAGGUGCUACGCCGUACCGUUUGCGAAGAGAUGCUGAAGCCAUGGCGCAUCGGGAGCGCAGCGUCCAACGAAAGCAUUGGCAAAGACGGCCUGGAUGACCACGAACUGGAAGACAGAGAGAACGAGGAGAUGAGCUUCUUCCGAGGACUGAUGCCUAUCCAGCGACGGGCUCAAAUUAUCAGGAUAAGACGGCAGCGGACAGCUGAUAGAACGGAUGACACAACAGCCUCGGAUGACGAGUUUGACGAUGGAGAUGACGAGGGUGAAGGUACCGCUGACGCUGGCGAGGAGAUGGACAUCGAUGAAGUCGGCGCUCAGGACAAUGAUGGAGACGUUGAGAUGGAAGCGUUUGAAAGCGCAGAUGAGGCUCUCGAAACGUCAGAAGCCACUAUGGCAGGGUAUCCUGCUCCUCCUCCACCACCUCCUCCGCCUCCUCCGCCACUGCCCCAGUCUACAGCGGGGCAAAGAUUGCAAAACGAGCAGAGUGACACGCCUGCAGAAUCGGACAGCGAGCCCCUGAUGACGGUACCUGGCACGCCUCAUACGCGGUCGCUGCCACUGAGGCCAUCUCGGCCCCCACAGUACUGGCUAGAGAAACCAGAAGGCUACGGCAGGAGGCCUGGAACGCCCGCUCACGAGGAUCUUUGGCAACGCUUACGUCUCGAUCGCUUGAUCCUGUAUGAUCUACGCAUGUGGAAGCAGCUUCGAAUCGGCAUACGUGAUGUCUUCAUCAGCACCGUGGUAUCAAUCCCCGAGUUCAAGCGCCUUUUGGGAUUAAGGUUUGCUGGUGUAUACACAGCUUUGGCACAGCUGUUCCUUAUUGCUGACCGAGAGCCGGACCACUCCAUCAUCAACCUAUCUCUUCAGAUGUUGACGACGCCAUCAAUAACAUCUGAAGUCGUUGAACGCGGCAACUUCCUUACAAACUUAUUUGCCAUCCUGUAUACCUUCCUGACUACUCGCCAAGUCGGUUACCCAGCCAACGUUGACCCCAAGGCAACCCUGGCCUUUGAACAAGGAGCUGUGACAAAUCGACGGUUGCAUCACUUCUUCAUGGAUACAAAGUAUUUGUUGGCUUCAGAGUUUGUGCAGGAUAAGAUUCGCGAGCACCCAAGGUAUCUCUCGCAGUUCUUAGAUCUGGUUAAGCUACAUCAGGGAAUCUGCCCCAAUCAGCGUGCUAUUGGCGAGCAUCUCGAGUUUGAAUCAGAAGCUUGGAUCAGCGCGUCCCUCAUCACCAGAGAGAUCAACAAGCUGUGUCGACACUUCGCAGAUUCAUUCACCUGGAGGAAUGAAGAAGAUGCCACAAACAUCUGCCGUGCCAUUCGGACUACAGCAGAAGUCGUGACCAUCAACUCGUUGGGUGCUGAGCGAAAACGCUUCGAUCAAACUGAGCUCAAGGACGAGACUAGAUUCAAGACCCUGGAAGUCUUUGAGUUUGACGCUGAGCCAUCAACAUUCUUCGGUCCUCAAUACAAAGUCGUCGACUUCGUUGUUGCCAAGGAACAUUUGAGCUUUCACCAUGCUCUCCACUACACGCUUUCCUGGCUGAUCGAUCGAGCACGAAGUAUGCCAUCGGAGCACGUGCGACAACUGCUUCUCUUCACUCGCGACGAGCUGCAGAUUCGAGCCAACUCUAUUGCCAUCUCGUCACACCGACCGGAAGAUUAUCUGCUUGCCGUUUUCGACUUUCCUCUUCGAGUGUGUGCAUGGUUGGCUCAGAUGCGAGCAGGUAUCUGGGUCAGGAACGGUAUAACAUUACGGCACCAGAUGACCCAGUACCGCGGUGUGUCUCAAAGGGACGUUUGUCAUCAGAGAGAUCUCUUCCUUCUCCAGUCUGCUCUGGUUCUGUGCGAUCCUUCGGUGUUUUUGGCUUCAAUGAUUGACCGUUUUGGACUCAAUGGAUGGAUGACGGGCAAGUAUGAAGCUAGUCAACAUGGCUUCGAAGACACCCAGGCCGUCGACGUAGUUGAAGACUUCGUACAUCUUCUGAUCAUACUGCUCAGCGAUCGCACCUGCCUCAUUCCUGCGGGAAAAAAUGGUGGAUCGCACCUCUCCGCUAUGCGGCGAGACAUCGCGCAUGUUCUAUGCUUUAAGCCGCUCUCGUUCUCUGACAUGACUGCACGAUUGUCAGAUCGGAUACAGAACAUGGACGAAUUUUCCGAUGUCCUUCAUGAGAUGACGCGGUUUCGAGCACCCGAAGGCUUGUCAGACAGUGGCACUUUUGAAUUGAAGGAGCAAUAUCUCGACCUGAUCGAUCCCUAUGUUCACCAAUAUAACCGCAACCAACGAGAAGAAGCCGAAAACAUUUACAAGAACUAUAAGGCCAAGAAGACCGGAAAGCUAGCCAGCAACAUUGUGUUCGAACCAAGUCUUCAACCCGUCAUGUCCGGCCUCUUCCAGAACAUCGCAGGUUUUACGAGGACACCACUCUUCACUCAAGUCAUGUACUACCUCCUAGGCUACGGUCUGAAAGUGGCGGUCGCGACACCAAACAUACCUGCAACACGUGUGGAGACGUAUACCCAAUUCGUGCUCCAGCUGCUUCUCGUUGCCAUACUCGAAGACAAAUCUGAGCAACACGAUUGGUCUGAAGAGAUGCCUGAUUCUUUCGUGGCUUCUAUACUCACCAAAUCAGCAAACGUUGGCAUAGCCGAGCACCCAACCAUCUUGUCGCUUCUACUGGCUCUACAGGAGAAGGAGGAAUACAAGAGCUGUGAAUCGAAGAUCACGUUGAUUCUACACAGGCUGAAACAGCGACAACAACACAAGUUCAUUAUUGCAGCUGCGGCUCUCAACGUCCCAACCGAUAGGAUGGACACUGCAUCACCGGCCAGCUUUGGACUUGAGGAGAAAGAGCUGAAGAAGCAGCAGGCUUUGGAUCGGCAAGCGAGGGUCAUGGCAGCCUUCAAGGAGCAGCAAGGCAAAUUCAUGGCCAAUCAAGAUUUUGACUGGGGAGAAGACGACUUCAGCGAUCUGGAAGACGAAGAUGGUGGUCUUGUCGCCGAAGAGAAGACAUUCAAAUAUCCCUCCGGUACAUGCAUCUUGUGUCAAGAGGAGACGAACGAUCAAAAGCUCUACGGUACCUUUGGCUAUGUCUCGGAGAGUCGCAUACUCCGACAAACUGAUCUGCAAGAUGAUGAUUGGGUGGACGAAGUCACGCAAACUCCUACCAGUCUCGAUCGCUCAGCCGAUGAGGUUAGACCUUUUGGGGUUUCAGGGAAGAACAGACAAACAGUCGAGAAGGUCAACGCCGGCGGAGAACGUGUCGCGACAGAAAGACAAACCCUUGGUAAAGGCUUCCCUCGUGCACACGUCAAGUCGGGCCCAGUCUCCACCGGUUGCGGGCACAUCAUGCACUACACCUGCUUUGAGGUUUACCUGCAGGCGACUCAGAGACGUCACGUUGGUCAAAUUGCGAGGAACCACCCUGAACGUCCCGAGUUCAAAGAAUUCAUGUGCCCGCUCUGCAAGGCUCUGGGCAACAUGUUUUUACCAAUCAUAUGGAAACCGAAGAAGAUCUUGCAUCCUGGUGCGCUGGAGACGACAACGUCAUUCGAUGAUUGGCUUGAGACCCGCGUUGCAACAAUACACAAGAACUUCGAGGACGACCGGGGCAAGGCAUCAGCCGCAGAGCUCGGUCAAGACAGAAAGAAUUUGUAUGAAUAUGGUCAACAUGACUUUGUUCAAAGCAUCGCCGGCCAUCUUCAGGAGCUCGUUAGGUCACCUGUAUUCCCACCGCCUGCGCAACCGGCGGCAGCAGCGCACCGGUUUCAGAUCCCAGCUUUCUUGGGCGGAGCGCCGCGAGAAGCGGAACCAGAACCUGCACCGCCAGCAACUCAGAUAACGGAGCUGUUCAAAGUAUAUCAACGACUCCGGGAUACUUUCCGUUCAAACGAUAUUCAGUCUGCCUUCACACAUCUGCCCAUGCCGGGAGCUGAUAUCGAAGAUCUGACGCACACGGAUUCUCUUGCACAAGCCCUAGGACACUCAAUUUCAGCGGUAGAGAUUGCUCAACGGGGGGUUCAGUCAGACUUUGUUAGGGGCACACUGAUCGACAAAAUCCCCUCACAGACCUUGACCCACCUCCAGAUUUUAUCUGAAACUGUCACAUCUUACGUCACGAUUGGCAGUCUUGGAAACCGGGGAUCAAGCUUGACCGGUAUCGAGUACCUUCGGACUCAGUAUGAGCAGAUUCGUCAACUGUUUGUAGGCCACCCGGGUGUAUUCGACCCUGAAGUCCUUCCUCUCGAUCUCAAAACGGUCACGCCUCUCUUGUGUCACGAUCCGUUUGUGUUCCUCACACAAUGCGCGGCUGGUAUUGUGCCAGCUACUGACCUUGAUAUUCACCACAUAUUGCGUAUGUGCUACCUGUCAGAGAUGGUAAGGGUUGUUCUAGCGUACACCAAAACCACAGAAGGCGAGCAAAACGCACCCCACUUCCAGCAACCAGAACGGUUCAUCAAUUCUGAUAAGGUUAGUGGCGGCCUCUUCUCCCCUGGCCAGCUAAACAGCCUUCUCUUCUUCGUCUGCGCCGUCUACAACGUAGCCAGCAUGGACGACGCACCCGCAUUACUGGACAUCGACAACAUGCCGAUCCCCGACCAAUUCAAACACCCCGACUUCCUCUACUUCAUGCAUACCAUGAUAUCCUCCUAUGCGCUUCCCUUCCUCCGCAAAGCCGCCAUCCUCAUGCACGUCCGGUACGGUAUCGAGCUACCCCACAUUUCGAUGGACCAGGUUGAUGAGUCGGAACUUUCCCGCCUCACCACACUCCUGCGUCUUCCCUCUCUGCAUGAGUUGUUCUCCUCUUUUGCCGCACGAUCCAGCUCAGGGUACAUCACGCGCUCCAUCGUUGGUGGCUGGGUGCGACACCUGCUCUGGGCACAAGCAGGGAACCAGCCGCUCCGCCCGACAAUCUCACUCUCGCAUCCGGCGAUUUUCGAACUCGUCGGCCUGCCCAAGACAUACGAUAUGCUCACCGAUGAAGCGAUACGUAGGAAAUGCCCCACGACGGGCAAGGAGCUUACCGAUCCAGCGCUGUGUUUGUUCUGCGGCGAGAUCAUGUGCAGUCAGGCUGUGUGCUGUAUGACAGGCAAGGGGCAGAGGGGCGGGUGCAAUCAGCAUCUUGCCAAAUGCGGCGGCCAAAUCGGCAUCUUCAUCCACAUCCGCAAGUGCAUGGUUCUCUUCCUCAACAAGAACCACGGCACCUGGGCCGUCGCGCCGUACCUGGACAAGCAUGGCGAAGUGGACCCCACGCUGCGACGACACCAGCAGUUGUUCCUCAACCAGAAGCGCUACGACGCCUUGCUGAGGAAAGUGUGGCUCGACGGCGGCAUCCAGAGUCUGAUUGCGAGGAAACUCGAGGGCGACAUCAACAACGGCGGGUGGGAGACGUUGUAG